AUGACUUGCAAGAUGUUAGUCUUCUUUAUAUUACAUGCCCUCAAUCAGGAUUCUUCGACUGCUGUAAUUCGAUACAAACUCAUUGUCAUUGGGGAUGUAAACGGCCAGCUACACCCAAUAUUUUCCAGACUAGCUGCACUACAUACUAAAAAUAAUUUCAAUCUUGCUAUUAUUGCGGGGAAUUUGUUUUCCGAAGAUCAAGCACAUACGACAGAACUUUUCGCUGGCAACGUCUUUAUACCAUUUCCAACGUAUUUCACAGUUGGCAGUAACCCUCUACCGCAAUUAAUUGUAGAUAAAAUUGAAAAAAACGAAGAAAUUUACCCGAACCUUUAUUAUUUGGGAAAGCGUUGUACCACAACAACUAGUGAUGGUGUUAAGAUUGUAACUCUUGGAGGGAAACCAGGCGACCCAAUAGUCGGUGGCUUAUCCCAGGACCAAUAUCUACCACUCCACACGGUAGCUGAUGCAAAAGCAUUGUACGGUAACACCUCAGCAGAUAUACUUCUCACAAAUUGUUGGCCAGCUGGUAUCAGGAAUGGUUCCAGAGUUCCCGUCGCAAAUGAUUCUAUGUUGCCAGUAGGUUACAAACAUAUAUCAGACCUCUGUGCCGCCAUUAAGCCCCGAUACCACUUUUCCGUCUCUCCUUCCUUAUUCUUUGAACGCGAGCCGUUCUACCAAGACCUUAUUCAAAAUGCUCCAGGUAACAAUCAGAUUACUCGCUUUCUUUCGCUGGCUUCAUAUGGUACAUCGAAACAAAAGUUUAUGUACGCCUUUAAUCUCUCAUUACCGGUAAAUUCUAGCUCACCAGCUCCCACCGGAGUCACUAAUCCACCAUGGAAUUUGGAACGAUGCAUCAGAAAAAGACCGGCAUCAGAUGUAGACCCGUUUUCUAGGUAUGGUCAGCCUAGUAUCAAGAGGAAUAGGGGUACGCACUCAAGGAGCCAGCGGGACAAUAAAUUUCAACCUCCUGGACCUGGAGAGUGCUUUUUUUGCCUUUCAAACCCUUCAAUAGCAACUCACCUUAUUUCUUCAAUUGGUGAAGAUUCUUACCUUACGAUCGCAAAAGGCCCCCUGACUACAUCCACUACGAAUGCUCAUUUUGGGAUAUGUUUUCCAGCACACGUACUAAUUGUCCCACUUGCUCACUCGCCUAAUCUUGCAUCCAUUCCCGAAGAGGAAAAUGCCAGGGAGAAGACUUUCACAGAGAUGACACGAUUCAGGAUAUCAAUACAGAAUAUGAUUGCAAGUAAUAGUGGAAAUAAACUUGGCACAAUAACUUAUGAAAUAAGCAAAACAAAUGGUGUUCAUAUACACUGGCAGCUAAUUCCUAUUUCAGAAAAAUUGGUCCGUGAGGGUCUAGUUGAAGCGGCCUUCAGAGUCGAAGCAGAUAAUCUAUCCUACCCGGCCUUUUUAGACCGAGAUCUCGGGCUAGGUCUACACGAGGGAAAUUUUUUUCGGUUAUGGCUUUGGGCGCCACCGAAUGGAGAAAAAAUUGAAGAAACUUCCAAAUGUAUCACAAUGUUCUUCGAACAAGAUUUUAAAUUCUCUCUCCAAUAUGGACGAACUGUGCUGGCAAAGCUUCUUGGACUUGAACAGCGAAUUCAAUGGAGGGACUGUGUUCAGUCGGAAGAUGAAGAGAAAAGAGAUAUACGAAUGUUCAAGGCAGCCUUUCGAGAAUUUGAUUUUACUCUUUAA